AUUUAUCUUCUGUUUUUAUCAAUCAUAAAUAAAUAAAUAAAAAUUAAUACAGUAAUAGAAUCAAAUUCUUCUUCUUCUUCUUCCAUGUUAAUCUGAUCAGAUUCGAUUUCAGAGUUCCUUCAACUUCUUUCAAACCCUAGCUUUUCUAGUUCUUCAGGUUGAUUUUAGCGAGGAAAAAAAUUUGUUUGAUGACCCGGUCGAAAGCCCCAUCUGGGUGUUCUUCUCCUUGUCCAGAGAAUGACAAGAAUGAGCUCAGGGAAGCUUUGUGUGCUUUGAAAAGUGGUAUCCUAGAAAAUGGGGCUGGAGGCCAAGUUUUUGGUGAUGGUGGGGUUGUUGAAGUUGUUAAGAGAAGAGUGUUUGACGCCAAGGUUUCGGUUCAGAGGGAUUUGAUGGAGAGAGAAUUUGUGGAUGGUUGUCAUGGUUUGGCUGCUUCAGAGAUGAAUGGGGUCUCGUCUUUGUUGAAAAUGAGAAGUAGUAGGAAUCUAAUGUUUACACAUGGUGGUGAGAGUGAUGGUGCUUGGAAGUUGAAUUCUGGUGGUGGUGGUUCUUUUGGCGUUGGAAUGCGAGGAGGAAGAGAAGAUUGCAGGAGAAGUGAGGAUGAAGCUGACCAAGAUGGGGAGGUUGUGACUAUAGAUGUUCCAAUUGCAGAUUCAUGUCAGAACAAGGAUCUGGAAAUGGAAUAUUCAGGUGAUGAAGGAUAUGAGUUUUCUGUUGGUGAUUUUGUAUGGGGGAAAAUUAAGAGUCAUCCCUGGUGGCCUGGCCGGAUUUAUGACCCUUCUGAUGCGUCCGAUUUUGCUCUGAAGCUGAGACAAAAGAAUAGACUCCUUGUGGCCUACUUUGGGGAUGGAACUUUUGCUUGGUGUCGUCCUUCUCAAUUGAAGCCGUUUCGGGAGAACUUUGAUGAUAUGGUGAGGCAGAAUAGCUCCCGUGCUUUUGUAAAUGCUGUACAGGAAGCUGCAAAUGAGGUUGGAAGGCUUUUGGAUUCGAAAAUGAGUUAUUUAUCUGUUGCCAGGGAAACUAGGUCUGGAUGUACUCGGUCAUUGGCAAGCAACGCUGGAAUCAAGGAAGGAGUACAUAUACCUGAAAAUGGUGUUGGGAGGCUUUCAGAUGUUCUGAUUGAUCCAGCAGAAUUACUUACUGGAGUGAAACAAAUUGCAAAAAUUAUUUCCAUUUCUAGUAUUCUGAAUCUCGAAAUAUUAAAGGCUCGGCUAUCAGCCUUUAAUCUAUCAAGAGGAGGAUGUAAAUUACCUAGUUAUGAGGUGCCUCAGCCUAUUCCUGGACUUGAAGAUAAAGAAACAGUGGGUGUAGUUACCAGCAGUAAGUGUGUAGUGGAAGCACCCGCCCAAGGGCCUUUUGAAGAUGACUAUUUUAUCUUGCCAGGUAGCCCAAAAUCAGGUGAGUUAGAUCAUUCUCAUGGGAUUCCCCGAAAGAGGUUGAAUCAUAGAAUUAAGCAAAAAAGCAUUGCUGAAAUUCUGGGGGCGGACAAAGAUGUUAAUACCAAAAAUAAGGAGGGAAAUGCAACUGAGGACUCAGUGGCAUCUAAACCAGUGCAGAAGAGAAAAGGGUUGCCUACAAGUACUGACAUUAACAUGGCAAGUGCUAAAAACGAUGGCAGUGAUGGCAAGGAGGAGAGUAGUGACAAGGAAACAUUGUCACAGUUGAAAAAGAAGAAAAAAUCUUGUAAUGAAAACGUUAGUAGUGGGAGCAAAAAGCAAACUGAUGAAGAAGGGAAGUCAAAAGAACAAAAUGAGAAGAGUUCUAUGUCAAGAGGAAUGAAGAAAAGUAAGUACUUGUCCCCUUCCUUUGCUAUUCCAACCAGAGACCAGAGGAAAGAAGACAAAGAAACAGAAUCGCCUAAAGUUUCUGUAAAAGCCCAAAUAUCACAGCCAGUGACCAGUGAUUCUGAACAGCUUUCCAAGUCCCCUGUUCUUUUGAAUAGUAACGGUGAGACAUUUCAGGAGAAUUCUUCCAAGGAACUAGCCAUUGAACAUGACCUUCCUGAUAGCACAAAUUACCGAACACCGGAAGGUGAUGAGAACAAGACUAUUGAUACAACAAAAGUCCAAGUUACUUCCUGGGAUGUUCUGACUGAAGUUCGCUAUGCAGCUAUGAGUCCACUGACUCUUAGAGACAUCAAUUCUCUUGAAAAACUUGUGGACUUCAUUUUUAUCUAUAGAAGCUCAUUAUACAGGGAAGGAUCAUACUACAAAAUAUACAAAAAGCAUCAACCUGGCAAGAAGAGAAAGAAGCCAGAACCUGAUCUUGGGAUUUUGAGUGAAGAUCAAAACCAAACUGAUCAUAAAUCACCUAUUAAUGAUUCCGUGCCAAAGAAGAGAAGAAUGAAGAAUAUGACGACUUCGGGCAUGGCUGAAGAGAAGCAAGCUGCUGUAGCAAAGACUGUCAGGAAGGGGACUAGCGAAAAUUCUUCAGCUGCUGCUGCUGCCCUGUUUAUCUCAUUUGGGUUGGGAACUUCUCUUCCUUCAAAGGCUGAUCUUAUCACACUUUAUAGUAAGUUUGGAGCACUGAAUGAAUCAGAAACAGCCAUGUUAUCUACUAUCUACACUGGUAGAGUGUUCUUCCUGAAAGCUUCGGAUGCUGAAAAGGCCUUGAGCCAUUCACAGAACACGAACCCCUUUGGAUCUUCUAAAGUCAGUUUCAGACUCCAGUAUCAUCCUGCUGGAUCCAAUUCUGUAGCAAAUGGUGAAAUAUCUAAGAUCAAAGCUUCUUCAACUAAGAAGAAAGACAAGACUCCAGCCAAGCCAUCUUCUUCAUUGUCACCAGGUAGUGAAGCAUCCAAACUGAACUACAUCAAGCAGAAACUUCAGGGUCUCACCUCAAUGCUGGAAGCGUCCGAUUUUAAAUCACUGGAUACGAAGGCAAAACUAGAGAGCGAGAUGAAAGGGCUUUUGCAGGAUGUGAGCAAAAUGGUCGAAUCUUCUUCGUCAUAGCUAACACAGGAAUACUGGCAGUUAUGUAUGUAUCAAGUAAUAAGCAGGAUAGAUUUAUGAUGUCAUUUCCUUUUUAUUGAUCUGUUCUAUUUGGGGUUAAAUUUGUUUUUUUCAUUUUUGUGCCUAGCUUUGUAUUAGUGGUAAAAUUACUCUGAUGAGUUUGUCGUAUAGGAUAUGAAACUUGUUGCAUGCAUAGUCUGUAUAGAGAAAGCCACAUCCUUUUAUAUCAUCAUGUUCUUAUGAGAA